AUAAAUUCAUUCAGAUGCCAAACAUUUCGAACUCGAGGUGGUUGCGUGUUUAUGACAUUUUAAUUUAAUAAAUACGAAGAAAACAAUACAUCGGGAUAAUCAUAAUCGUUAUCUUAUCGUGUAUUAGCAAUAAAUACAUCAUGAGAUACCAUCAACGUUCCGUUAAAAGUUAAAACAGAUGUGUGAUUAUGUGCUAAGAUAUAUUUAAAUGUUAAUUAAAAGUGUUAUUAAUUAUAAAUAAAAACGGAAAUAAGUUUAUGAAAAAUGCCGUCGGGACGUGAAACAACGGUCUCUAUACCUCUCACACCUACGAGAUCAGAUCUUUACUGGAGAAGAAUAUUUACUAAGUACGACCGAGAUCACGACGGACGAAUAUCAUAUGUCGAAUUAAAAGAAAUAAUCGAGUCCCGAGAAUACGACCACGAUCUCCCGGACAAUGUGGUCGACAAGAUCAUGGCGCUGGCCGACCGGGACAACUCGGGGUACCUGGACUUCGCGGAGUUCGUCGCCAUGAUGCAGAACCCGGACCUGAAGGCGGUGUUCGGUCACUUCGUCGCCAGAUAUGUCCAUUCGAUAAUACCUCACAGAAGUCCGGUCGAUACUAUUGACAGCAGGUGGACAGGAUUCCGCGCGGUGUCUUCUACAGAUGGCGUCCAAAGCCGUAGCACCACCAUAUUUACGUACACAGACGGCACCUACGAAGAGGAGUAUUCCUGCUGGCCGCCCGCCAUCUGCAUGAUCCUCAUAUCAAUAGCUGAGAUCGUGCUGUUCUGCUACGAUGCUGCCCAGGGCAAGACUGACGCGACCGGGCCCAUCGCUCAGAUAUUUAUAUACAACCCCCACAAGAGGCAGGAGGCGUGGCGGUUCCUUACAUACAUGCUAGUUCAUGUUGGCGUAGUUCAUCUUCUAGUUAAUCUGCUGGUGCAAUUGUUCCUCGGUGUUCCACUGGAGAUGGUCCACCGGUGGUGGCGAGUCGUCCUGGUGUACUUGGCGGGCGUAGCGGCUGGAUCGUUGGCGACGAGUCUCACCGAUCCAAAAGUGUAUCUGGCCGGAGCGUCAGGAGGCGUCUACGCGCUUAUUGCUGCACACAUUGCCACUAUAAUUAUGAAUUGGGCGGAGAUGGAGUUCGCAAUAAUCCAGCUGCUUGUGUUCCUGCUGCUGGCGGCGGUGGAUGUGGGCACGGCGGUGUACGACCGCUACUGGCGCCAUCUGCAGCAGAACAUCGGCUACGUGGCGCACUUGGCCGGAGCUGUGGCCGGUCUUCUUGUGGGCAUUGGUGUUCUCCGGAACUUGGAGAAGAGAAAAUGGGAGAAGCGUCUAUGGUGGGCGGCAGUAGUACUUUACUUCUCCCUCAUGAUAGGCGGGGUGCUUGCCAACAUAUUUUGGACGUCACAUUUUCAAACUACAUAAACAAAAAUGCACGUCAUUAUUAACUCCAAUGUCCCAUGGCUGGGCAAAAGCAUGAGAUAGAGAGAGAUUUUUAUAGGAGUAAAAAAUAUUUUUAAAUAUUGAACUUUUGUGAAGGGUCCUAUGAGUUUUAGAAUUUAAACUACGAUUAUAAUAAUUUAAAUGGUUUAGAUAAUAUACAUAAUAAGUAGAUGAAUCAUUCAAUUCACGUGUAUUUGUUGGAAUAGUUUUAAACCCAUUUUGGGUUCUCAGUUUAUGAACAAGCACAGGAUUAAAAGCCCCGUAUGGGUUUGUAAGUAGUUGAGCAUAUUCCGACAAAUUAUCGUAAUUUGUCAUUUAUGUAUUUCAAAGUAUUAAGGGUAUGUACCACUAAAAAUUUAUUAGGGUUCCAUGAGCUUUUAUUUUUGUAUAAUAUUGUAUUUAGACAUUUUUGUAAGUAUGUAGUUUACAUCUAUUUGCAAAAUAUAUUAUCACAUGCGAAUUAGAAAUAUACAUUGAAAGGUAGCUACUAGCUAUAGCAUGCGCCAAAUAUCGAGUCCGCUCCGACAUUGCAAGUUGCAACACGCCAAACUUCGCAGUUAUUGUAUGUUUCUGUUUACUGCACAACCAUACGCCUCGUGUUCAGAGCUGACUCGAAGUUUGGUGCGGUCGGUACAUAAGGUAUGAUAGUUUACAAAGUACCUACUUGAAAAUGUUUAGGUAUAUCAGUAUUAUCUUACAGGUAGGUACACAAAUAUAAAACGUUCUUUAAAAUUUCUUUGUACACACUUAAUGUUAAGUAAUUAGAUUGAAAAUUUAAAAUCGCGCUGUCAAUUUUGUGUGCAAAUAAGCCAAUUAAUACUCAAAAGUAUUUUAGCCUUCAAGGUGUGAUUUCGUGGUAUUCUUUACAAUGAAUUAUCGUAUUUACUGAUGAAUUUUACGUCGAAUAUUUCCGACAUUAUUGUAUAGUAGGUAUGCGCCAAACUUCGAGUCUGUUCUGACAUUGCAUCACCAACACGCCGAACUGCAUUUAUUAUAUUAUUCACCUUGCCAGGACAUGUUUUCGUUUACUUUUCAAUCACACCUGGUGUUCAGAUCGGACUCGAAGUUUGGCGCAUUCUACACCUAUUUAUUAAAAAAAAAUCGAGACCAAUUUUAUAUAGAAAGAAUAAAACAUAUUUAUAUUUGGUCAAUAAAACUAAGCUUU